AUGGAAUCCAAAGAAAAACUGAAUGAGAAAGACAUGGAAGAGGAAAAACCUGAAGAUGUUCUUAAAGCUCUACUACCUGACAAAAAAUUAUGUGACAAACUUUACCCUCACCAGCGUGAGGGUAUUGUUUUUUUUUUCAAAGCUUACAAAAAUGAAAAAAGCAGAGCUAAGGGAAGCCGGAAUGGCGCAAUUUUAGCGGAUGAAAUGGGCUUAGGAAAAUCUAUUCAGGUCAUCUUGUUUUUGCACGCAAUGAUCAUGAACACUCAAGAAUUCAAGAAUGCCUUGUUGAUCGUGCCUGCUGGUUUGCUGAAUGACUGGAAGGAUAAGCUGAAAAGGUGGACCCCUAAUAUGAAUGUAUUUAUAUACCACCGCAGUGACACAGAACUUGCAAGAAAGCUGAGGCAUUUGCAAAAGAUGGGUGGCAUCCUUUUAGUCUCUUACAGAAUGUUCAUUAACAAUUACAAGGCACUCACAACUUAUAAAGGCAUGGAUUUUUUCUGGGACUGCUUGAUUUGUGAUGAAGCUCACAAGCUCAAAAACCCUGCCACCAAAACUCACAAAGCUGUUGCAUUAAUCUCAGCUGGUUUUUACAUUCUUAUCACUGGCACACCUAUGCAGAACAACCUAAGAGAGUUUUGGUCUUUGUUCUCCCUCAUUUCUGACACAUACGUACUGGGAACAUACAAAACAUUCAAGAACAAAUUUGAGAAUCCAAUUACGAAGGGGUUGGAAGCUGAUUCAGGGCCAGAAGAAAGGGCUCUGGGAAUGGAACUCCAAAGGACUCUGGAGAAGAUAACAGAGCCAUGUUGGCUCAGGAGAAGAAAAGACCAAAUUCAAGAACUCAGAGGUCAGCCACUUCUAGAAAACAUACCCUCUGAUCAAGUGUUACAUCUUCCUAAGAAAAACGAGUAUGUAAUAUGGAUCAAACUUAGUUCUGAGCAGGAGGCUGCUUAUCGCAAGAUAAUUGAUCAUUCAUCAUCUCUGACGCUUCAGUCCGUCCAUUCUCUGAUAGCUGUUUGUACACACCCGAGGUUAAACAGUGACAUCAAGGAACAUGAAAUGAGCGGGGUGAAUUUAGCUGAAUCUGGAAAACUGACCUUCAUGUUAGCACUGCUUGAAAAAUUCACUGCAAAUGGGAAUUUUGUCCUGGUCUUCUCUAAUUACAUAAAAAUCCUUGACAUCAUUGAGAAAUCUCUGACACAGACAUCAUGGGGGAGAAAUGCUUUUUUGAGGAUUGAUGGACAGAACAGUAACCAGAGAGACAAAAUUAUCAGAAAGUUUCAAAAAAGGGGGUCCAAAAAUAUCCUUUUGCUUACCACUAGUGUGGGUGCAGAGGGGUUCACCCUCACUGCAGCCGAUUGUGUGGUUUUCGCUGACCUAUCCUGGAAUCAGUCUCAGGAUGCACAGGCUGUGGGCCGUGCCCACAGAAUUGGUCAGACAAAGGAUGUUAAGACUUACCGUCUUAUUACCUGUGGCACAUUGGAAGAAAUGAUUUACAGAAGACAGCUGUUUAAAGGCUCACUGACUAGACAGGUUGUAGGAGAUGAAAAGAAUCCUUUUCGGCGCUUCACACAAGAUGAGCUGAAAGCAAUACUGACACUGCAGGAGACUCAGGUCUCAUCUACUCAACAACAGCUUGAGAAACAAGGUGCGAAAUACCUCGACAUCACUGAGGUCUUUGGGGCAGGUCUCAAUAGUGUAGGUUUUGCAAGUGUGUGUGGGAUCUCAGAUCAUGGGCAGCUGCUCAGCGCAAGUCAAGGUGAAGAUCUUGAAGUGGCUAUGGCAAGGAUGCACAUUAAAGAGACUGCUGAAAUGUGCCAGCAGGAAAUAGAAGCAGAGUCUCAUUUCGCAAGACAACAAAUUUGUACAGAUGUGUCUGUCAAGAAAUGUGGCAGAAAAGCCAAAGUCAGAAGAUGGAGCCAUGAAACAAGAACACCUGGCCUACCAAGAAAAUAUAAAUGCUACACCCCACCUUUCUCUGGAAGAAGGCGAAAGACUCUACACAUUUCAAGACCUUGUGUAUUUGAUUCAAGUGACAGCUCCAACCUCUCAGCAGAUGAUGAAGUAAAUCUCAGUGAAAAUACUGUACCCCACAUUUCAGUCACUGGCAAAAGUGAAGUCAUGGGUGACUCACUCAACCAGUGCAGUGCAUCUGUCUUUAUGUGUAAUAACACGUGUAGUGAAGACAACAACAGACUAACUGAACUAUUGCAAGAAUCUGCAUGUUAUGAUGCUGAAAGUAUGAGCCAGCCAUCAUCUUAUAGCUCACCCAAUGGCAGUUAUAUAAAUAAGUCAUGUCCUGAGGGAGGCAUAGAUUUGAAGUCAGAAACUGUUGGAAACAGUGAUGAAGAUGCUGUCAAUCUUUUAAGUGAAAUGAGUGACCUACUAGGAAAACACAUGCGUUACUCUUCACUUUCCUCUGACAAAACAAAACAGACUGCACACGUUUCAAGAUCUAGUGUGUCUGAUUUAAGUGUCAGUCCCAGUAUCUCAGCAGAUGAACAAUUUUCUGGGACCAUUGUGCAACGUGAAGAAAGUGACACAGUCAGUGAUGGUGACCAAGAUCAUGUCAGCCUUUCACAUAACAUCAGUGUGCUAUCAAAUGCCCACACACUCAGAUCUGAGAUGAAUAUGAUGCGGGAAUUUGAAUUGGAAGAACUGACUGUUUUUCAGGAAGAAACUAAUGUGAUGGGUGUCAAAUCAGCUGAGGCAAGAAAACAGGAAAUACAGCUGAAACAAGAUGAUCAGAUAAUGAGUUCUAGAGACACUGUAGAAUUCUCUGAGCACAUCUUCCAAAAUGAUCCAAAUACUGAUUUACACAAGGAUGUGUCAACUGCUACUGAUUUGGACAAUGAUGAGUCGUCUGUUGCUGUGAGUCAUAUACCUUUGAACACACCAGUCUACCAUGAGUACAUUAGCACCCCAGAUAACAGCGUAUCUGCAUCGGAGAGUAUGGACACAACCUCUGACUUUGAGUAUUGUAGUGAUUCACAAAAUCACAAAGCAUCGAUUUCUACCCCAACAGAAGGUAGUUAUAACUUUCAUAAGGACAACAGCAUAGAUAAAAAUGAAACUAGUCUUCUACCAGAAGCCAACAAUAUUUCACCCAACACUGGUGCCACAGAAUCAAGUAUUCAUAUGUCUAUGUCUAGUAAAAAUCAGGUGCAGCCCAUUGAGUCUGAUAAGUUUGCUGAUCUCAAAGAAGAGGCAAACUUCCAAAGGAUCAAAAUCAUAGUUCCAAGGGAGCAAAAAUGUGAGCAUGAAGAAAUUGUGCAUCCUAAGAGGCCUCAAAAUUUAAACAGUCAGCCAUCUGAUGACCCUUCACAAUCUCCCAUUCCUGCACCAUCAUCUGAAUCACAGGAGAAGACAACCCUAAAUCAAGAAGACCAGGAACUUCAGUUGACAAGCGAAGAUCUUGAAGUGGACAUGGCCAAGAAAGGUUCAGAGAUGCGCAGGGAAGCAAAAAGGACAACUCAGAAAAAAGAGACUUUCACUCAAAUGCAGUCGCCCCUCCUUUUCCGUGACUUAUCGAAAGCAUAA